UUGAUAUCAGUUGGCUACUCAAUGAAUUACUGAACCGUGACAGAAUGGUCGAGUUUAUGAGCAAAGUCAUGCCGCACACGGUCAUCUCAUGCUGGCAGCCUUUCCUGGGAUUGGCCCUCGUGGCUGUUUUUGUGGGCUCUACCCUGGGAUGUCCCUCGCGAUGCGAGUGUUCAGCACAAAGCAAGGCAGUUGUCUGUCACCGUAAGCGCAUGCCCACCAUCCCAGAUGGCAUCCCAACUGAAACAAGAAUCCUGGACUUAAGUAAGAACAAGCUGACAAUGAUCAACCCUGAUGACUUUUUUGCCUUCCCUGGGCUUGAGGAACUUGACCUCAGUGGAAAUAUUAUCAGCUAUGUUGAGCCUGGAGCAUUCAAUGGGUUGUUUAACAUGCACUCGCUCACCCUCAAAAGCAAUCGAAUCAAGCUCAUUUCUCCGGGUGUCUUCACAGGCUUAGCCAAUCUUACCCGACUGGAUAUAAGUGACAACAAGAUUGUCAUUCUCCUGGAUUAUAUGUUCCAGGACUUGCACAAUCUUAGGUUUUUGGAAGUGGGUGACAAUGACCUGGUUUACAUCUCUCACCGUGCAUUCAGUGGACUUUUAAGCCUGGAGACACUAACCUUAGAAAGGUGCAACCUUACAGUUGUACCCACUGAGGCUCUUUCUCAUCUGCACAACCUGGUCAGCCUGCAUCUACGAUACCUCAGCAUUAGCACUUUAAAUGCAUACUCAUUCAAAAAGCUAUUCCGAUUGCGGCACUUAGAAAUUGAUAACUGGCCUUCACUAGACCAUGUGCCAGCUAAUACCCUGCAUGGCCUCAACUUGACAACACUGUUUAUAACCAACACCAACUUGUCCACCUUCCCUUACCUAGCCCUGAAGCAUCUUCCCUAUCUGACACAUCUCAAUCUGUCCUACAACCGCAUCAGGCACAUUGAAGGGGGCAUGCUAAUGGAACUGGUUCGGCUGCGAGAGCUGCAUAUUGUUGGAGCUCAGCUGACCACCAUUGAACAGUACGCAUUCCAAGGCCUGCGGGGUCUCAGAGUUCUCAAUAUCUCACACAAUCGACUGGAUACAUUGGAAAAGGGCGUUUUUCAGUCUCCUGAGGCUCUGGAGGUUCUUCUCAUUGACAACAACCCCUUAGUGUGUGAUUGCCGCCUCAUGUGGAUCCUGCAGAAGAGGCAUUCCAUCUUCUUUGGGGAUUCACAGCCAGAAUGCAGCACACCUGAGGGCAUUCGUGGGCGCCCUUUUAAGGAGUUUAAGGAGACUCUCCUGUCUUAUUAUGUUACAUGUACCAAACCGAAAAUUCGUGAAAAUAAAACACAAACAGUUACUGUAGAUGAGGGUCAGCAGGCUAUGUUGCGUUGCAGUGCUGAUGGGACACCAAGGCCAAUUGUGUCUUGGUUGUCCCCACGUCGCCGAGUGCUAAUAAGCAAUCAUGGUAGAGUAACCAUCCAUAAAAAUGGUACACUAGAAAUCAAGUCAGCAGAAGUCCAAGACAGUGGAGAGUACACUUGCCUUGCCUCCAACACUGCUGGAAAUGACACCUUGAAGACAUCAUUGGCGGUGAAAAGUCUAGGAUCACUGUAUGCCAACAGGACCCAGUACUACACAGAUCCCAGCAAUGCCACUGCCAAUGGAACGACUGGUGUGACCCUCGGUUUGGACCUUAAGACUAUUUUAGUGUCAACAGCUAUGGGUUGUUUCACGUUCCUGGGAGUGGUCUUGUUUUGUUUCCUGCUUCUUUUUGUCUGGAGCAGGGGAAAAGGAAAACAUAAAAACAAUAUAGAUGUUGAACAUGUGCCUCGAUCAAAGUCUAACGGCACUAAUGUUGACUCAGCAGAGGGACAGGCCGGUCCUCGUCGUUUUAACAUGAAAAUGAUGUGACUUCUUUUAUAGAACUAAGAGUCUGGAUUGUGGAAAAGCCCAAAGUACAGUGUAUUUUUUUGAAAACAGAAUGACUGAAUCUUCUCACUGCUACAGGAAGAGUGGUAGUGAAAAGAAAACAUUGGGGGCAUCACAAAAUGAUGAGCAUUACCUUAAAUCUGUGGAUCUUGAUAUAGUUCUUGAAUACUGUGUCUCAAAUGCAAAAGAUUUUAGAAUGACUAUCACUACUGGAAAAACGUCUCAGAUGAGUUGCUCUCAUGAAGACCUGGAUGAAAUAAGUGUCAGUUAUCAACUUUUUGAAAUUUAUAUGUCCCAAAAUCAUUCAGUUUUGGGAUGGAUCUACAGACUCAGUUGAACAGUGUACAUUACAAAUUUGUAUCUAAGCUAUAACCUACUUUGUUUAGUCUUGCGCCAUGCUUAUUCACUGAACCAAUCAAUUAAACACCAUUUCCUAUGUUCUAUAUUUUUCAUAUGUGUACGUAAUGCUUCAUUAUGUACAUGUAUGUACAUAAUCAUUCAAAAGAAUAGUUCAUAGCAAUAUUCAUGGGAUGCACUUGCUAAAAUUGCUAUAACCCUGUUCCACCAGUACAUUCUUCAGGUUUUUGAAGUUUCCAUUGAUUCUGGAAGGGCUUCUAUGGCUAAGUAUUUGUCCUAUGCUCCCCAAUUGAAUAAAUAUUAAUAAAUAUAUAUAUCAUUUAUCAAAAGAAGUACAAGAAAAUGAUGUGAUUUAUGAAAGUAUUAAGAAUUUUGCAAAAAUCAGUCUUCAAAAACUGUUCAGGAUAACAGCUGGAUUGUCAUAACAUUGAGUUAGUAUUGGUCAAGCAACCUACAUGAACCACUUUUCUGUCUUAUUUUGUCUAUUUUUAUUCCUUUAACUGUACCUUUGACGAACUACAUGUGUCAGUUUUACUACAGUGACAUUUGCAUCAUUUUCCCCAGUAGGAAUUUUGGACUUUGUUGUGGUAGUUCUUCAUUUUGUUGUUGAAUCAUUUAGAUUGUGAAAACAAAA